AUGAUCAGCAGAGCAAGCUUGGUGGACCCUUGCCGGACGGCCUUACAGGUCAUCGCUGAAGCGGCCUCCAGCUUCAGCUUUUGCCGCGCCUCCCUGGAGCACACGGUGUCUGCUGAGGAGCUGAGCUACCAGCUGCCGCGCCGUGCCGGGGGCAGCAGCCUGACCUGGCAUGACGGCCGCGGCCAGAAGACAGCACACACUCGCACUGUCAAGCUACUGCAGCAGCCCGGCACCGAGGGCAUCCAGCUGCGUCCAGGGGAAGCCUUCACUGUGUACCACACCAGUCCCACGCUGUCCUGUUUGUCCAAGCCUGUGGUGCUGUGGACCCAGCAGGACGUCUGCAAGUGGCUGAAGAAACACUGUCCUCACAACUACUUGACCUACGUAGAGGCCUUCUCCCACCACGCUAUCACAGGAAGGGCGUUGCUGCGUCUGAAUGGAGAGAAGCUGGAGAGGAUGGGGAUCGUCCAGGAGACACUGAGGCAGGAGGUGCUCCAGCAAGUCCUCCAGCUGCAGGUCAGAGAGGAGGUCCGCAACCUGCAGCUCCUCAGCAGAACCUCCUUUGGAAACUUCUCUUAG